UGUCACGACUCACGGCGAUCACCACAACAUCCAGCAUCCACAAUCGUUCUAACCUGAGUUCUCACCAGACUCAACUCAGUCACUCGUUUAGAUUUUUACGACUCAGCAGCAUGAGAGGACUUCACAUCACGCCGCUCUACGCGGCCAACCUCCUCAGUCGCAGCCUCUUUGGCGUGGCGGCAGCGGACCUGACCAUUGACUCACGCGACGACAUGGUCGAAACGGCUGGCAUCCUCGCCGAGGACCUCAUGUCGUACUACGACGGCGACAAAGCCGGCCACACACCGGGCCUUCUGGAGCAGCGAGAAGUCUACUUCUACCAGAGCGGCGUAUUUAUGAGCACCUUUGUCAACUACUUCCACCUCACGGGCGACGAUACCUACAACGACCUUGUUCAGCAAGGCGUGCUGUUCCAAGUCGGCGACCGCGAGGACUUCAGGCCCAACAACGAGACAGCCAGACUCGGAAAUGAUGACCAGUGCUACUGGGCCCUCACAGCCAUGGCGGCUGCCGAGUAUGAUUUCCCCGACCCGUCCAAGGGCGAGCCGCAAUGGCUAGAUCUCGCCAAGACCGUCUACAGCGACCAGGUCGAUCGACUCGACAACAAGUGCGGCGGCGGUCUGCGUUGGCAGAUAUUCGACUUUAACGUCGGGUACAACUACAAGAACGUGAUUUCGAGCGGAUGCUUGGCCAACCUCGCCGCGCGUCUGGCCCUGCACACGGGCGACGACAAGUACGUCGACACGGUCGAGGAGCUCUGGGACUGGCUCUCAGAAUCGGACCUCAUCGACGCGGACUCUGGGGCCGUCUACGACGGGGUCACAAUUAGAAGUGGUCAAGAGUGCGACCCGGACGCUUCCCAGGUAUCGGGCAAUGCUGCCAUCUUGACUUACACGGCGGCCGUCAUGUACAACCAGACCGACGGCUCCGACACCUGGCGUAAACGGCUAGAGAAGCUCUCUGGGUCGUUGCUCGAUACGUUCUUUGAAGACGGCGUGGCCAUUGAGGCGCAAUGUGAACCUUACAUGGUCUGCACCACCGACAUGCCCACCUCCAAGGGCCUCAUGCUGCGCUGGCUGGCGUCCACCGCUCGCCUUGCUCCGUUCCUCGCGGACAAGAUCCAGUCGAAGCUGAAGACCACGGCACAGGCUGCCAUUGACCAUUGCAAGGGCGACAAGUCGGAGCGCGAGUGUAGCAUCUACUGGUCCAACGCCACUUUUCACAAACCCGAGGAGAGUGGAGUUCUCGAGAAGAUGGCCGCCCUGUCGUCUGUGCAGAGUCUUCUCGCUCUUUCAGGCGACGUCCCGGCUAAGGAUUCGUCUGACAAGGACGGGUCUUCGGACAACAGCUCGGGAGAUGACGUGGAGGAUGAGCCCACCCCCACAGAGUCAGGGUCGGCCGAGGGAACGGAUGAACCGGAUGCAGGAUACAAGCAGGCAUCGGCGGCAAAUCUCUUGCUGCUUGUAUGCGCUGCAUUGGCUUUGGUCUAAGGAGUCCAUAUGUUCGCGGAUGUGCAGAUGUCUACGUGGCCGUGACUAUUCUGAAGCCGUUUGGGUCCAAGCCCCUCUAAGCAACUUUGAUAGCGAAGACAAAUUGACAGGCUUGGGUAUUAUGUUCCGCUAAGAUGAUAACUACAAAUAGACGUCUAUCAAUCAACCCGCUACACUCUA